AUGAUACACAUUGUGCUCUAUAUAUGUAGGCUGUAAUAGAACAGACAGUAAGCAGGUUUACUACAACAAUGGCGACAAUGGACAUGAACUCUCUUGUCUACUUGUGCUUUUCGAUCUUCAUUGCUGUCACUUUAGUGUUAAUUUGGAUGGGGUGGGACAAAGCUAUGUCCGAGAGGAAGAAGAAGAAGCAGCAGCCUCCAGGCAAUCUCGGGCUCCCCUGGAUUGGAGAAACCAUGGACUUCUGCAAAGCACAGAGGAAGAACAGAUUGUACGAGGAGUUCAUCAAGACACGCAUCGAAACCUACGGCAACACCUUCAAGACACGGCUGAUGGGGCACCCGACGGUGGUGGUGAGCGGCGCCGAGGCCAACAAGUUCUUCUUGUCGAACGAGUUCAAAUUAGUCAUCAGCUCGUGGCCCACCUCGUCGGUCCAGCUGAUGGGGGAGAAUUCCAUUAUGGAAAAACAGGGGGAGGCUCACCGUCGCCUCCGGGGGAUUGUGGCUGCAUGCCUCAACCCUGGGGGGCUCGACGGGCUCGUGCCGAGGAUAUGCAAAACCGUCGAAAUGCACCUGGACAAGUAUUGGAAUUGCAGGGAAAGUAUCAGCUUGUAUAGUCUUACGAAACUUCUGACAUUCACCGUCGUCCUGGAAUGCUUGUUCGGGAUUGAGGUGAAGCCCGGAAUGCUCGAAAUGUUCGAGAAGGUUCUAGAAGGUGUGUUCGCCGCCCCUGUCAGCUUUCCGGGGUCGAAAUUUUCCAGGGCGAGGCGAGCCAGGAAAGAGAUUGAGAAGAUGCUCGUGGACAUCAUCCGGCGCAAGAGGAACGAAUUGGAGAAGGGUACCGAGGCCGAGGAAGGUAUUCUUCUUUCCAAGUUGGUUGCUGCGCAGAUUCGAGGAGAAGUUAGCGAAACGGAAGUUGUCGACAACAUCGUGUUGCUUGUGUUUGCAGCGCACGACACGACUUCGUUCGCCAUUGCCAUGACUUUCCGGAUGUUGGCUCAUCAUCCGAGCAGCUACUCGACCCUUCUGAAAGAACACGAAGAAAUAUUGCGUAGAAAAGAGCCCGGGCAAAUGCUAACGCUUGAGGACACGAGGAGGAUGCGGUAUACGUGGCAAGUAGCGAGCGAGAGCAUGAGGCUUCACCCUCCGAUAUUCGGGUCUUUCCGGAAGGCGAUAGCCGACAUCGAAUUCGGGGGAUACACCAUCCCCAAAGGAUGGAAGAUAUUGUGGACUGCAUAUGGGACACACUAUGAUCAAAUGUAUUUUGAAGAUCCAUUGAGUUUCAAUCCAAGAAGAUUCGAGGUGCCAAUUCAGCCAUAUGCUUAUGUGCCAUUUGGGGGAGGGCCAAGACUGUGUGCAGGAUACCAAUUGGCUAAGCUAAAUAUACUCAUACUUGUGCACUAUGUGGUGACUAGAUACCAUUGGUCUUUGGAGUUUCCUGAUGAGCCCAUCACUGUCGAUCCUCUUCCAUUUCCAUCUCGAGGAAUGCCCAUCAGAAUUUCACCUAAAUCCUCGUCACCACACGCAGACAAGGAAGAAAUAAAAUAG